AAUGUAGGAAGUAAAUUCCACUGCUUGCCGUUCUUGUUUUGAUAGCUGGAAAUAAACGUUGUUAUACACCUCUCUCUGUCUAUAUAUCUGCUCCGAGUUUCCCCCGCUUCUCACUGAGCUUCAUUAGACUUAUUUAAACGACACGACGAACUCCAGCAUCUCGGUCCGUGAAACUGUCAAGGUAUUAACAAUCCAUGAGUCGCAGUCGGAACCCCCCUCCUCGGGGUCAAGGGGCAGCGCGAGCCAAACAGAUGGGGCUGCUCCUCGAUCUGUCCCCGGAUGGAGGGAUGGAUGAUGACGGAAAUGACGACGAGCUGGAGGCAGAGCUGCUCAACCUAGUGGGAGGAGGUGGAGGUGGUGGAGGAGGGGGGAGAUCACAAGGGAAGAAAGCUCCUGUUGCCAUGGCUGAAAUUGAGCGAAUGGCAGCUCUUUGUAUGAAAGAUCUGGACGAUGAAGAAAUGGGGGAUGAAGAUUUAGAUGAUGAUGAAGAUUUGCUGGCAGAACUGAAUGAAGUUUUGGAGGAUGAUGAGGAAGAUACUCCCGCUCCGACACCUCCUGCCAUCACACCGACUGCUCCCAAACGGAGCGUCACAUCACAUCCUUCCCCUCCAGCUGCUCCCAGUGGUGCGUCUGGGUUGGAGUCCCGCCUGUUGGAGCGCAUUGAAAUGUACAAGACAGCCAUUUCUAAUGCCAAGGCUGGAGGCGAGACGAGCAAAGUACGAAGAUAUGACCGUGGAUUAAAGACAUUACAGUCCAUGUUAACAUCUGCUAAGAAAGGAAAGCCAGUCAAUGAAGAGGAGAUGCCGCCCCCUGUUGCUCUCGGAGGAAAGUCAAACGUCACAGGCGAGUCUGAACCAGUUAAGGAACGAGAACUGCCGGAGCCUAUGCUGAUGCCCUCCCCUCCCACCAACCAGAAGCCUCUGAGGGAAGCUGCACCAGCGGCUCCGAACGCUAAGCCACAACAUCUGACUCCACCCCAAAAACCUGCUGCUGCCAUCACACCAGACACACCUGCUAUCUCUCCCCUCACUCCCAGCCAGCCGGACGGAGAGCACUCAGAGCUGAAACAGACAGUGUUGUCCAGGCAGAGGGAGUAUAAGAUGGCUGCCAUACAAGCCAAACAGAGCGGCGACAUUGAGCAGGCCAAACAGCACUACCUCACUGCCAAGAAGCUUGAUGUGAUGCUGGAGGCGCUGGACCGAGAUGAACCAGUACACCUGAGCUCACUUCCUCCUCCUCCUGGAGAAGUAGUAGCAGAGCACCGUGCACCUCCUCCUCAGUCGUCUUCCAAACCUGCUGCUCCUGCUGCUCCUGCACCCGCCCAGGUGGCCACUGCUGACCUGCCUGCUCCCAGCAGUUUGGGAGAAGCUCUUCAACAGAGGAUGGACAUAUACAAGUCGGCAGCAGAGGGAGCCAAGAGCAAAGGAGAUGAUCGCAAGGCUCGCAUGCACCAGCGUAUUGUGAAGCAAUACCAGGAUGCCAUCAGAGCUCAUAAAGCUGGCCGACCCGUCAGCUUGUCUGAUCUACCUGUGCCACCAGGCUGUCCGCCACUUCAGGGCUCAGAGGGGGGUCAACAGAACUUCAUGGGUGUCCUGGAGACGGCCAUGAAAAUAGCAAAUCAGGAUGCAGACGCAGAAGAUGAAGAAGAGGAUGGACAAAGAGAGGCUGCCAAGCCUGCAGUGCGUCCACCUGUCCAGAAAGCAAAGUCUCCGGCUCCUCAGGCCCCUGGAGGCUCCUCAGCUCUAAAACUGGGACCUAAAGCCCAGCAGCAAGUGGAUUUCCUGUUGCUAAGGCGACAGGCUUUUUUGAGAGCAGCACUGCGCUCCAAACAGAUGAAGGACAUGACGGGGGCAGCGCAGCAUCUCAGACAUGCAAAGGGACUGGACCCCAUGAUCUCUGCUGCCAAGUCUGGCUUACCUGUUGAUAUCACCAAGAUCCCAAGUGCUCCAGUAGGUGAGGAGGACUAUUCCCUGUCUCGCUCUCGUACCUCCCCUGUCUCCCCUCGCUCCAGUGAACAGUACCGUGGCCUCAUGGAUCUUUUGCGAAAGCAGCACGAGAAAUGUCUGAGCUGCUCUCAACAGUUCACACAAGUGGGCAACGUGGCUGAGGCUUUAAAGAUGGAGAAACUAAUUGAAGAGUGCACGAAGAGCAUAGAGAUAUUGAAGAACGCCCACGCCAAGGGUCACCCGGUUCCCAAGUGCCACACAGAGGAGAGGACCUUCAACUCUAUCAAGAUCUACCAGAACCUGACACUUAAUGACCUGAUACUGUACGUCAUCCGAGGCAUCAACCUGCCGGCUCCCUCAGGUGUCUCAUCUAAUGAUCUGGAUGCCAGCGUGAAGUUUGAGUUUCCUUUUCCCAGCGCGGAGGAACCUCAGAGGGACAAAACCGGCACAGUGAAGAACAACAGCAGUCCGGAGUUUAAAGAGCAGUUCAAACUCAACAUCAACCGUGGCCACAGAGGCUUUAAAAGAGUCGUCCAAUCCAAAGGCAUCAAGUUUGAAAUCAUCCACAAAGGAGGCCUUUUUAAGACAGACAAAGUAGUGGGAACUGCUCAGCUGAAGUUGGAGGCUCUGGAAAACCACUGUGACUUCAGAGAGAUCAUAGAGGUGAUGGAUGGACGUAAAGCUACAGGAGGCAAGUUGGAGGUGAGAGUAAAGAUCAGAGAGCCGCUAUCAGGAGUCAAUCUGCAGCCGGUGACAGAGAAGUGGUUGGUUCUUGAGCCGGUCUCCCCGCUUUCACCUCCAGAGAAACAAAAGGAAAGAGCUCCUUCUCCUCGGUCUAAACCCAGGAACGAAGCGAGCAGCAGGAGCAGUCACCCCAACAACUCUCCUCCUCAGUACAAACUCCACAGCUUCAGCCUCCUCAACUAUGACAAGGAGCGGCUGGAGAGGAGGAUGGCAGAGUACCAAAAGAACCGGCGGGAUCCUCCACCUGACGUCCUCCAUCAGUACAAGGAGGUCACACACAGACUGCAGUGGCAGAAAGCACAGCUGGAACGAGCGUCUCCUGGUCUGCUCACAGAGUAUGAAAAUGUGCUGCGGCGUUUUGUCCAAGGACUUUCUGACUCUGUGAAGAAAUACUCCAGCCAAGGCAACAGGGAUGCUGCGAAGGAUGCACUGGGCAGGUUGAAGAUGGUAGAGAGUGAGCUGGAAUCGCUGAAAAGGAAACGGACUGGAUGAGAAGGAAUAAGGAGGCAGAGACUGGGCUGGAGGACUGUUGUCUCUCUCUCUCUCUAGUACACACUCAUAUACAAACACUACAGUGGUACGAUAAUCACCUUCAGCAUGAGUCUGUGCUGCCAAAUGUCCAAGACAACUGCAUGAACCAGCCAAUGAAUUCUGUCUACCGCUCCUAUAACUUGUGUCACAUGUGGUUAGUCAUCUGCCACAAUAAUUAAGAGCAAACUGAAAGGGACACAGAAAUUAAAGGAAACAUUAAAUGUGUAAAGAUCUAAGGGAGAUAUAGACUUAUUUGCACUUAAACAAAUCAAACACUACAGAAAAGUAUGACUUUACAUGUAUUCUGUUAAUCACUUUCUUGAUUCCUGACUUUCCUUUGAGAAGUGUUGGUGAAAGCAUCGUUAAUGUUUUACAUUUGACACCAGCUGAGAGUCUUUUGGUGUCCAAAGAUGACCAAAAAAAUGUGUGUGUGUGCUCUGAGGUGUGUUUAACUCGUGGACUGAGGUGUUUUUAACCCUUUUCCCUGUAUUUUAUGUGUGUAAUGAGCUUAAUCUAAUCUGUCUGCUCCAGUGUUCUCAGAUUACAGUAAUCUGCUCCGUUUGGAGUGCUGUGAUAUGGGAAUAAAAAAGGGGGCUUCGGGGUGUCGCAGCCUACAUCCCAUAAUGAGGGAUUAGUGUUUAUGUCGCCAAGGAGACGACGAGAUCAGACGUAGAGUCGCCUUUGGGGGCUGGGAAGAGGGGGUGUUAAUAGCGUGCCAUGAAUGUGGUAGAAGCUUAGCUUUGCUGAGGAAUUGCUGCUCCUUCUUCUUCUUCAUCAGCUGUUUCUUCUUUGUUGUUUUCCUCAUCUUCACUUUCGUCACACUAAUUCCUUUGCAUAUAUUCAGAGAUUAUUUAGAGUCUUGAGUAAUAGGUCAUCCCACUUGGAAUUUUUUUAAACUCCUCAAUAUUAAGUCUAUUGUGCUGCCGAUUAGAAAAUAAUUAACAGCUGCUGCGUCAGUGUGCUGUUGUUUUGGGUUUUUUUUCCACAGAAUUUGGUAGACAUAUUUUCACAAAAACAGACUCAGUCCCGCUGCGUUCUCCAGUAGCAGCACAGUGGAGACUGGAAAGUCUGCCCACAGGAUAGCAACCCAAUAUGUGUCAGUGAGGCUAGGUAAUUGCUCAUUUCUAUUUCUGUUCUCUCACAGACGUCCCUGUCAUAGUCUUCCUCUCUACAUUUUACUUAUAUUUUUGAGAAUGAAGUCAAGGGGACAAAAUAGAGACAAAAGAAGUAAAACUUUAUCAUGUUGUUUCCAGCUGAGGAAUGAAUUUAUCGAUCAGAAGUUAUUUCAGUUUGCCACAACAACACUUAAUGACAAAAAUCUGACAAACGCAUCAUAUUGCCGCAGUGUUUUUUUUGUGCUCCAGCUAAUGCUGUAGACAGAUGUUUCCUCUGCGUGUUCCACAACCUGACAGCAGAUCCACGUCUAUUUCAUGCAGCCAGGAUGUAGCAGAUGACUUUAAAUGAGCCUUACUGUCUGUUUUAGCUCUGGUGUUGAUGAUUUCUCCACUAAUAGUUGGUUUUUUUUUCGGUCACAUGACGCAUGAGAUAAUCGUGUGUUCGCACUAAUCCACCCGCUGUCUCGCUCCAUUAGCAAAUAAUCCUGGUUAAAGUUGGCCCUCCAUCGUCUGUGGUGAUUUUAUGUGACACUCCUUCCCCCACUUUCUUCUUUUUUAUCAAGCGAGGAUAUCUUCUGACUCUUCACCUGAUAUUUUUAGCAGAAAGACAGACAGAUAAACCUCUGCCUGCCGUAGCUUUGAAAACUUUAGUUUAACACGGAAUGGCAGUUAAUGGACUAUGGCAAUCAAUGGGAUUUCAAUGCAGCACAGUUUCUUUGGAUGUUUUGUCUGGUUUCUGUUCAUCUUUGUGUGGCACAAAAGUCACUUUGCAGACUCUUAAAACUUGAGUUUGACCCAAACAAGUCUGCAUUAAUGUUUGUCAUUGUGAUGCUUCCAGUGCAGUUUAAAUGGAGAUUUAUUUGAAAAGCUCUGCAUUAAGAAAGAUUUAAAUAAUGUAACUUUGACAAACAGUAAUGGUGACUCAGUGGAUUGCACAGCUUAUGCAAUUUUCAAGGGUUUGCUAAUGGUUUUCAUAUUGCACCGGAGUGAAUAUAGCCCAAAGGCUGCCGGAAAUUGUACAAAAAUACUGAGGCAGUAGCUGACUAUUGGAUAAUCCUCUGAUAAUUAUUUUUGUUUAAUGGAACACAUUUUCCUAAAACCCAAAGCCACCUCUUCAGAUUUGUUUGUUUUGCCCUGCCAACAGUCUAAAACCCCGAGAUAUUAGGUUUUCUCUCCCACAAGAAGAGAUAGACACAAUUUAGCAGCUGAAACAUUUGGUAUUUUGCUUGUAAAAUGACCUAAAUUGUUAAAUAAAUCAUGCCAGAUGUUCAAAAACUACCAACCGCAGGAGCUGUUACAGAAACUAAGCUUACUUUGGGCUAAAAAUGUGCAGAAUCACUGACAGGGUCAACAAAGAAACGGUGACAGUGUAGCUCUGAUAUGAGUCUGUGUAGCAGCUGCAUGUUUUAGCCCAAACAAAAAGGGCAUCUGCGCAGCACCCCCUUUUUUUUUUUUUUUUUUGUUGCCCCCCAAACACACAAAUACACUCCUGCCACAUCACCCCACUCCUCAAAUAACCUCGUGGCCUCUGAGGCUGUCCUGUUGUCGUGGCAACAAGCUCAUCAGCAUUCAGUGUGGUAGCUGGAUGGUCAGGACCCGGCAGAGGGACAUAUUGUUAAAGUUUGUCCUGCUGGUAACUCACACUCCUUUCUCCCAUACAAAACACACACACACACACACACCUUCUUUCUCUUUCUGUUUUUUAAUUUUUAUGUCUCUUCUCCUCUUGUGUAUCAUUAUUGAUCUGUCCAGGUGGAUUGUUUGUCAUUAUUGGUAAUACUUUGUUCUCCUGAUCAGCUGGAUUACAUGUAUUCAUCUAUUUUUGUUAAAUAUGUUAAGUCAUGUAAGGGCAAUCAGUAUAAAUGUAAUAUUUAUAUACGAUAAAUAUAGCGCAUAAUAUGCUCUGUCUCUAUUUUUAAGUGUAAGUCAUGAUGAUUGGUGCAGCUCAGAGUGGGAAUGUAUGAAAGCCCGAUUGUUCAGGCUUUUACUACCUAAUGUAUGAGGUUGGUGUAAACAUGAAUAAAACAGUGAAACAGCA